AUGGCUCGCAUCAUCUUCACCAAGAUCAUUUUGUUGUUGAGUAUCAUCAUGCUCAUCUCUUCUUGUUGUUCGGCCAAUUCCUCCCAAGAGACUGUUUCCAACAUGGCGCACAAUAAGUUUCAAAACAGUGGAAAUACCAAAGUCUUCCAUCAGCAUACAGAGCUUCGGGAAAACGCAACACCAAUGGUAGAAAGGACUGAUGCAGCAGACGGUGCUGAUCGCUUCCCGGAACUCCCUCCUGAUUUGGAGGCAAAACUUCGUGCACGUACCUUGGAAGGGAAUGCACUCUUUCGUGUAAAUAGAAAGAAGGCCAGAGCGAAAGCAGCAGCAAGCGCAAAUUCCAACCUUGAGACUACCAGAAAGUGGAAAAUGAUACUAGGCGGCAUCGACAAGGUCACUACUGCCAAGAAAGAGGAGGACGAAGAAAUUCGCACUAGCCAGCAUGGCCUGCGGGGAACUCGCACUGCUGGAAAGAACUAA